UUUUUUGCAGCCAGCUUCUCCCCUGUUUGCAGGUUCCCCUUCCCUUGUUUGGAGUUUUAAUAUGGCAAGUUCGUCAUCAUCUAAUCAUUAUGACGUGGCAUCUGGACCAUUAGAGGAUGAUUUACUGUGGAUGCAAAAAAACCAUAUAUCACAACAUAUUUGGAAUGAUGCUAAUCAAAGGACAUUAAAAAUUCGACGAGCUACACCACUGUAUAAUCAUAGAGAAGCACCGCCCGAGGAAAUUAUUCCUUUAUUACAAGUUUCGGGUUUGUACCCGAUAAUGAAAUUGGCGCAAUUGAAGAUAAAUGGAGCAUUAGUUAAUGCUUUUAUUGAAAGGUGGAGGCCAGAAACACAUACAUUUCAUUUGAAGUGUGGCGAGGCAACUAUUACACUUCAAGAUGUUUCUGUGCUACUUGGUAUUUCUGUUGAUGGAAGACCUUUAACCGGCAAUACAAAUAUUGAUUGGUUUGAGUUGUGCCAUGAAUUAUUGGGUGUCAUGCCUGACGAUGAUGCAGUUGACGGGAACUCACUUUUAUUGAGUUGGCUGACUUCUCAAUUUGCAAAUAUUAAUGAUUUCAUAGGCAACCAACAAGGGCUUGAAAGAUUUGCUCGAGCUUGGAUCUUAAGAUUCAUAGGAGGCGUGAUGUUUGUUGAUAAAAGCAGCAAAAGGGUGCCAAUGAGAUAUUUGCAAUUUUUGAGAGACCUUAGAGAGUGCAGCACUUAUGCAUGGGGAGCUGCUCUUCUGGGUAACCUUUAUAGAGAGAUGUGCAUCGCAACAGACUAUCAUGCUAAAUCAAUAGGCGGUUUCACUCUCUUGAUUCAGUUAUGGGCAUGGGAACGAUGCCCAACGUUAGCCCCGUCAGUUAUUCCUCCACAACAACAAAACGCGCCACUUGCUUACAGAUGGUUAGGAGGUGAAUUGCAUCACAUAGGCAAUGACAAUUUACUUGAGUUUCGUCGUAAAUUAGAUGUCAUGAAACGCGACGAGUUUGUUUGGGUCCCUUAUGCUGGACAUGUGGAAAUGAAUUUGAGUCAAGUUUGUUUUAUUGGGUCUGUAUUAUGGACAUGUAUCGUACCACUUAUUUGUUUUCAAAAAGUGGAAUGGCACCAGCCGGAUAGAGUCAUGCGACAGUUUGGAAUGCAACAACCUAUUCCGGGCCCAGUAAUGCAACCCGAAAACAUACAUGACUUGACCUUAAAGGGAAAAGAAGGAAGAAAUUGGAUGCGACUAAUGCAACCCGCGCUUAAUGAAUGGAAUAGUCGCUAUGAAAGGAGAGUAGAACAAACGCCGCCACAAACAGGGACCCUUAGUCUGAACUCUGAAUAUAUGAGGUGGUACAGGCGUAAGACAAAAGUUUAUGUCGACCCAAAACAUGCAAGAAGAGGACUAUUGGGUGAAAUCGCGGAAACACUACAUUUUAUGGUGUCGCCUGUUGGGAGAAGGGUUUGUACUUUUGAUGAUUUACUGCCAUGUAUCGAGAAGAUCACUCUUAUAUCUGAAGAAGAGGAUAGGAUACUUGAGGCACAUCAAGAUGCUCCCCCUUCUCAGCCACAAUUUGAACAUCAGCAGUUUAAUAUACUACAGCGAAGUGUGGAGACUCGAGGCUUAGGGCGACGUCGGCAAACUGUGGAUGCAGCACCGUACAGUUUGCCUCCGAUGCCAGAACGAGAACAUGGAAUGUAUUACACACCGCCGGUAUUCACCCAAGAACCAUCGCAGAUGGCGCCGAUGUAUUCAUACCCACAUGAUUUCCAACCAGGGUACAGUAUGACAGGCAUAUUUGGAUCCUCUCCUCCUUCAGGGGGGACUCCUUCAUUCACCCAAAAUAAUGAACUACCGACCCCAAAUGCUCCACUUGGUGGUCCGUGGAAUGUACCUGGAAAUAUACCCGACAUGAAUGACUUAUUGGGGGUCGAUUUACGUCAUGAUUUCUCUGCCGAGGCUGACGAAGUGGAUGAAAGGGGAAAUCUUAGAAGAAGAAACCCUGAUAGGGCAGCUAGGAAUUGGGAUCGGCCAUGUGGGACAUCGUCGCGGCAUCACAGACAUAGUCAUGAUUGAUUAAUAAUGGGUUUACAUUGUAUUGUUUUUUUCCAUGUACUUUGUAUUGUUUUUUUUUUCUUCAUGUUUUAACAAUGUCAUGUACUUUCAAAUAUUGUUUUCAUGUUAAUUUUAUAUUAUUGUUACUUUAACGUUCAA